UAAUUCUGUAAUAGUUUCUAUUUGCGUGGAAGCAGGAAACUUCAAAUACUAAGCUAACCGCAAAAGAAAAAAAAAUCGAAAUUCCAAUUUUGCGUUCAAUUGAAGAAAAACUCAAAGCUCAAAUCUUCCAAAUCCAAAAUUUUCCCCAAAUUAGCCAAGACGCAAGGAAUUUUCAUUUCAUAUCCUUAAUUUUCGUGUUGACUGCACCCCAAAUUUGUAUUCUAUUAUUUUUCCUUUUUACUUAAUUCUCGCAUUUCUUUCACUCGAAGCUAAAAUUAUCCGCCAUCAGUUAUCUAGUUUCUCUCGAUACUCGUCCACCAAUUCAGUUGUAAUUUUUUGGUGUGUUCGUGGAUUGGUUGUUGUUAUUGAAGUCAAAUUGAGACUUGAUGAGGAGUGAAGAUUUCUGCUUUCCUCACAUCCUUGUACAUUUUAUCUAUGGACUCGAGAAUCAUGGCAACCGCCACAAUGGCCACAGCAGCUGGUGCUGCUGCACUUUUGUAUUAUACAUUAAAUAAGAAACUACAGUCAAGUCCAACAACUGGUGAUGAUGAUGACGAAAAUGGAGCCGAGAUACAAGUUCAUGCUCCGCUAGGGAUUGAAAGAGUUUCUCAUAGACUUAUACAAGCUCCUGCAACAUGGCUAGAAACAAUUUCAACUCUGUCAGAGACCCUUAGAUUCACUUAUUCAGAAACUUUGGGGAAGUGGCCGAUUGGUGAUUUGGCUUUCGGCAUCAGCUUUCUCUUAAAAGGCAGGUAUGGAAAUUUACAAGUUGGCCGUGAAUUUGGAGGUAGUGAUAGUAUACGGCUUAAAGGACCUGAAAUUGCUGCUGAUCUCAGAUAUCUUUUAAAUUUGCUCACUCUGUGUUGGCAUUUCUCAAAGAAACCCUUUCCUAAGUUUCUCGAGGAGACUGGCUAUUCUCAAGAAGAUGUUAUCCUGCAAGAGCCUAAAGCUGGAAUUUUGAAGCCAGCCUUUACUGUCUUGAUUGACCACAAAUCAAAAACUGUCCUAUUACUGAUUCGUGGAACUCACAGUAUAAAGGAUACUUUGACAGCAGUUACCGGAGCUGUUGUGCCAUUCCAUCAUUCAGUGGUGUGUGAGGGAGGAGUCAGCAACCUGGUUCUAGGUUAUGCACAUGGUGGAAUGGUUGCAGCUGCUAGAUGGAUUGCAAAGCUUUCAACUCCUUGUCUUCUCACGUCACUUAAUAAGCGACCUGAUUACAAACUUAAGAUUGUAGGACAUUCUCUUGGUGGCGGUACGGCUGCUCUAUUAACAUAUAUUUUGCGUGAAAGACAAGAACUAUCGACUGCUACCUGUGUUGCGUUUGCUCCAGCUGCUUGUAUGACGUGGGAACUGGCUGAAUCUGGAAAUGACUGCAUUACUUCUGUAAUAAAUGGAGCUGAUUUAGUGCCCACAUUCUCGGCUGCAUCAGUAGAUGAUUUGCGUGCUGAGGUAACAGCAUCUGCUUGGUUGAAUGAUCUGAGAAAUCAAAUUGAACAUACCAGAAUACUUAGUACAGUUUAUCGCUCCGCUUCAGCCUUGGGUUCUCGUCUUCCUUCCAUGGCAAGUGCUAAAGCCAAAGUAGCUGGUGCAGGUGCAAUGCUACGUCCAGUCUCCAGUCGUACUCAGGUCGUCAUGAAGAGAGCUCAAAGUAUGGCUCAAGCUGCUUGGUCCCGCCCAGCCCUACGGUCAUGGUCUUGCAUAGGCCCUCGUCGUAGAGGUUCAGCAGCUGAGAUGAACUGCAAUGUAACUGAAGACCCUUCAGAAUCCUCAUCUGCUCCAAGAGACAUGUCGGAGGAGUCUUUGAUCGAAACUAUUGAAGAAACAACCACAAUUAUUGAAAAUUUGGAUCUUCCUGUAUCUUCACCAGACAGAAGAGAUAAGCAUAAGAUCGACUUCACUGUUGAUACCGAAGUUGUGGAGGAUGACGAUAUCAUGGACCCCGCGAAGUUUCAAGAUCGGAUGACAGAGGUAGAGUUGUGGCAGCAAAUAGAGCGUGAGCUUUAUGAACAUCCAGAAUCCGACGAGGAGGAAGGGGCUACAAUCAAAGAAAUCCGGGAAGAAGAGGAAGCAGCCAUUGCUGAGGUAAGUGACCCUCAAUCUCAAGCCUCAGUUCCUAACACAAAGGAGGUACAUAGAUUUUUCCCGGCCGGCAAGAUAAUGCACAUAGUGACACUAAUUUCUGAUGAGACGGAGCGAGGAAGAGAUAGCGACGCUUCCUCCAGCGACUCGGAUAAUAGCCCGGAGGAAGACGUAGAAGUCGCGAUCUUUCUCACUCCUAGGUCACUAUAUAGUAAACUAAGGCUCUCACAGACCAUGAUUGCUGAUCACUUCAUGCCUGUAUAUAGACGACAGAUAGAAAAGCUGAUAAGAGUACUUGAAAAUGAUGGGGGUGCGUCGGAUACUCAUAGUCGAGUCGGAGAUGCUCGUUAGGGUAUGUUGUCGAACUCUCUUCUUAACGCUAGGAUGGAUGUGCACAGUGUGUAGGGAGGAUUCUUGAUUCCUUUACUAAAAUAGCAACAUAGUUAUUUGCAUUUAA